AUGCUUCGCAAUUUAGUUGUCAGGAAUGCGUGCAGAAACAGGCCGUCAAUUCAAGUGGCAAGAGGGCUAUGCCGACACCAAACAAGACGUCUCAUGGCUUCAUCGCCUCAAUUUGGUAGAAACUAUGACUCCAAACAAGACAAGACAGCAGGCUUCAUAAUGGGGAUUUUGUCCAUGGCCGGUGCUUUAUACUUUAUUACUCCUAAUAGGAAACCUCUAUUUGCUUCAAGGAAGAAAGAAUCCGAUAAAACCGCAGAGGAAGAACUCUCCAGUGGUGAUGAGAAAUCGCCAGACAAUGAAGAGGAAGAAGGCAGUAAGAAUGAUGAAAGUGAACUUGACGCUCAAUUAAGUAGUGAUAAGAUCGGUGCCUCAAAGGUGGCUGAAGAUGGUGAACUGGUUGUUCUGGCGGAGAAAGAUGAAAAGGUAGCCGGAAAUAUCGAGUCUGAUGAAUCGAAAGUCAACACAGCAUCGAAAGAUGAUGAACAGUUGAAAAAUGAUGACCAAUCUGAUGAAAGGAAUGUGUCAUCGGAUGAAGAAACGAGCAAAAGUUUAAGUGCUGAUAACUCGGAAGAGAACACCAAUGGUGAUUCGAAUGACAGCGAUACUAGGUCUCCUGAACAAAAGGAUUUUAAACUCCCAGAUGAAGAGAAACCAGACGAGGGGCAAUUUGAUAAGGAAGUCACUUCAAGUGUUAGUGAAGAGGACUUACCUACGAAAAGAAAUCAAAGUGAUCCGGAAAAUAUUAGUAAGCAAUCUGAAUCUCACGAUGAAGAUAAAGAAGCAUUAAGAAAGCAAGAGGAAAAACAAAUGGGUCCUACCGAAGAAGAGGUUCAACAUGAAGGUGCAUAUAACCCGGAUACUGGAGAGAUUAAUUGGGAUUGUCCUUGUUUAGGGGGGAUGGCCCAUGGUCCUUGUGGUGAGGAGUUUAAAUCUGCAUUUUCGUGCUUUGUCUAUUCUGAAGCUGAACCAAAGGGAAUUGAUUGUGUCGAAAAGUUUCAACAUAUGCAAGACUGUUUCAGAAAGUACCCCGAGCAUUACGAGGAGCAAUUAAAAGAAACAUCUGACGGUGAGGAAUCGCAAGAUAAAGCAAAAGUCAACACUAUAGAAUCGGCGCCAAAUGUAUCGAACGCAAAAGAAAAUGCUGCAAAAAAGGCAGAUCAGUCAGACGUUAAAAAAGAACCAUUAAAUGAACAUCCUGAAUCUCAAGAAUCACCAAGGUAA